AUGGCUAAUGAACUCGUUCAACAGUGCGACAUUGACAUAGGGAUAAUUCUUUUUUCUUCGACGGAUAAGCCUUAUUCGUUUUUUCAUCCAACUGUUGAAGUAGUUGCCCAUCGUUUUUUGAAUCUAGAAUUAAGUCAAACUAUACGACUUGUAGCGACACAUGUUCGAAAUAAGGUGAUUAAAAUUAAUAAUUUACUUGAAGAGUCUGAAACUAGAGAAGAGUUGGCAAACAAACAAACACUUCAACUUGACAAAGUGAAAAAGGCUAGAAAAAUAGGUUGGUGGGAGCAUAUUGAAAAAUUCAACGGAAAUGACUUAAUCAAGUUUGAAGCUUGGUUGAAUGCUGCUGAUUUCGACAUGAAAUAUCGUCUGAAACAAUUGGAAAAUGAAGCAUCAUCUUCGUCACAAACUUCUGUUGAGAAUGCAAAUGAUGCAUCUAAUGGUUCAUAA